UUCUUAUCUUUCGAGCGAGGGAAACAUUGACCAGAGAGAUGAGUUAUUACAACCAGCAACCUCCCGUCGGCGCCCCUCCUCCACAAGGCUAUCCUCCCGAGGGGUAUCCGAAAGAUGGGUAUCCUCCUGCGGGAUACCCUCCGCAAGGCUACCCGCAGGGUUAUCCUCCUCAGGGUUAUCCUCCUCAGGGCUAUCCUCCUCAGGGCUACCCUCAAUAUCCUCCACCACCUCAACAACAGAGCAGCGACGGUUGUCUUCAAGGAUGUUUGGCGGCCCUUUGCUGUUGCUGUCUUCUGGAUGCGUGCUUCUGAGGUUUCUUUCUGGAGCGGAAUGGUGUGACUAAUGAGGUUUUUA